AAUAUUUUUACAAAAAAAGCAAAACAAAUCAACAUUAUUACUACAUCAGCUAAGGAAAACACAUAUGUUUGACAAAUCGUGCUAAAUACGGUAAAACAAAUGAAAGUGAACGAGUUCCGUUGGCAUUCAAAGGCAACCCAGGCAGAGACAGCAGAUAAAAAUAAGCAAACGGAUCUUUGUACUUCAGACAGGGCUGUCACAAUCAAAUCCUGUACGUCGGUUACUUCUAUUGCGACAACACCAGCAAUUGCCCACAUGAUAAUGACGCCCAAGCCCAGGGCUGCAGACUAUAACCCAGCAGCCAGUAGUCCCAAGCACACGCCUGCCAAGACGCCCAAACAGGAUCCCAGUCUCAACCAUUUACAACGUGAUCUCAACAGCCCCAGCGCCGCGCUGCGCAUGCGCGCCAUGCGUGCCCUCAAAAGCCCCACCAGAGCCAUAUACAACAACUUUGAUGUGCCACAUGCCGAAAUAAGCAUCAUUACAGCCGAGGAACGAAACCCGCCACCGCCGCCAACGCUCCCGGAUAUUUUGAAGGACGUCAUUGUCUACGUUGAAGUGCGCACUGGCAAUGAUAAUCGUUCCGAGGGCGUAAAGACCAUCAUUGCCAAGCUGGGCGCCCAAGUGAAUGAUCGUCUGCUGCGCAAUACCACACAUGUGGUCUUCAAGGACGGCCUAUUGUCCACCUACAAGCGCGCCCAGAGCUGGAACAUACCAAUUGUGUCGAUAUUGUGGAUUGAGGCCUGCAAGGUGCAACGACGUCUGUGCGAUCCACAACAGUUUCCCAUUAGCAAUAUUCACAUGUAUGAAUACCCCGAACUCUACGGUAAACUGUCGCGCGUGCGUUGCAUGCAACCGGAUUCCGAGCUGAAUAAGCGGCCGCGCAAGCGCCAGGGCACGCCCACAGGCACCAAGGAUAAGGAGAAUGAUGCCCAAAAGCGAUCGGCACUAACACAAACAACCACGCCAAAGAAUGACAUCACGCGCUUCUUUAGGCCACUGAGCCAGACCAAGCACCUGGCCGAAGGCGAGUCCACAGAGUCGCCGGCUACCAAGUUACUAAAUAGAAUGACUAACGGCUCUUUCACGCCGCUCAAAAUGCCAAUCCCGGCAGACACAAGCGUCCCCCAAAUGGACAAAACAAAUGAAGUUGAUUUGGAUCGCAUUGGAGAUUCCGAAAUUGAAAAGCCAACGGCCCAGAAGAGCCUAGACUUCGGCGAGGGAAAACGUGCCACCAUGCGCAGGAGCAAUUCCCUAACAGUGCAGCCAACUAAAGCAUCCACACCGUUGCGCGCAAGUCGACGCCGGAGUUUGGCGUGCGGCGCCACAACGGCAGAGCUUGACGCUCAUAAAGUGCAAUCGGAGCCGCGUGUGACACGGCGGCGCAGCAGCUUAAUGAACAUGUCCCAAAAAAGUAGCAUUGAAGAGGAGAACGGGCCAGCGCCAAUAGCAGAGCCCGAGCCACGCAUGACACGUCGCCGCAGCUCCUUGCAGCUAGCUGCACCGCCGAUUGCAGGAUCAAUGUCCGAGCCGCCGGUGCAACCGGAACAAUCGAUUGUACGUCGUCGCAGCGUCUCGACUAUGGAGCCCAGCACGCCGAAGCUGUUGAAGAAGCCCACAUUUCAAGCCAUCGCCGAGGAGCCCUUGGUGGAGUCCGCAACUAACAGCUCGAUGGACAUGAGCACGCCUGUGGCUCAGGCCAAGACAGCGACAAUAUUUAACAAAACAAACUAUGUGCAACAAACGAUGGAGAUGUGCAUGUCGCGCGCUGUUAUCAUUGGCAAAUCAACUGAACGCCGCACGCUGUACACGACCGACCACAUGGAGAUAAGCGAGGUAAACGAUGAGAACAGAAAUCCUUACCUGAAGCAAUCCAUGGAAAAUGUGACCACACAAACAUCUCUGGACAGCUUCGGUGAGCACACGCCGGUGCCGGUGUUCAGCUCAACCCGGCUGCCAGGCAGCGGCGGUGGCAGCUCCGUCAAUCGUCGACGCUCGCUCUUCAAUGUGGACCUGGAGCUAAUUCAUGAGCGCAUCAAUACCAUAAAUACAACGUCGCAAAGACGCUCGCUGGCCUUGGCCAAUGAGGCCGAGCUGGGCGAGUGUCGUACCGUGGCGCCACUGCAGGCAGUGGCAUUGGAUGCAAUAAACAAGGAACCGAAAUUGACUGAACCAAAAAUGAGGCGUCUCUAUACGCCAAACGAGGAUAUUGCCGUUGUGCCAUCAUCAUCAUCAUCAUUUUCGAGCGGUAAAUCACGCCAAAGCAGCAGCGGCAACAGCAUCGCCUCAACCGACACAGUAAAGCGACGACGCACUUUGGGAGUUGGUGUGCUGAAGCCAACGGCAGCGGUUGGUCCAACUCUGCAGAAAAGUGAUCCCGCUAAUGAGGAGUUUAUGACACCGUGUGGAUCGGAGACAACAAUAGAUAGCGCAUCCGAGUCGCAUGGCGAUUGCGUCAGGUCGGCAAAAAAGCGACGCACAGUCUUUACGAUGGUGCACACCAACAUGCACAGGGAUCAGGUGCAGGUCAUCCAUAAGGCCAUACGCAAACUGCGUGGAAUGCGCCUGGAUCCGACGGUCACCAAGCGCACCACCCAUCUGGUUAGCCUGGAGCCGCGUCGCACGCUAAAUCUAUUGCGUGGCUUGAUGCGCGGCGUCUGGAUUGUCAGCUACAAGUGGAUACUCGAAUCGAUGCGUGUCGGCAAAUGGGUGAACGAGGAGAAAUAUGAACUGACUACAUUUUCGCGAGCCGUUGAGAUUUGCCGCACCGAACGUCAGGCCUUCGGCCUAUCCUAUCGCUGCGAACUAUUUCGCUACAUGGAGAUCUUCUACGUAUCAUCCCUGUGCCGACCCAUAACCUUCAAUAAUAUCAAGGAGCUUUUGCUGCUGGGCGGUGCCAAGUUAACUGAGAAUCGAUAUAAGGCUAAGUUUAUUGUGGGCGAUAAGCGUCGCGCCGAGGACGAUCGCAUCUAUUUGUCACCCCUUUGGGUGCUAGAUAGUAUAUCGGCUAUGCAAGUGCAAAAGUUUGGUAAAUACUUGAUGAAGUGCGCCAUCGUAACGCCCUAUGGAAUACGUUACGAGGAUCCGUGUCAAGAACAGGAGGAGAAACCACGACGGCAUCUAAAGGUAUGCUAUAAAGAUCCUGCUCUAGUGAUUAAUAAAUAGAUGCCAGCAGCCAGCCUAGGCAGCAAUUUAAAAUGGCUUUGCUCAACUAUUCAAUGGAUUAUUCCAAAGACUUUUGACGAGGUGAACAAAUGUGUUUGUUGCCAAAUUAUCCAUUCAUGUCAUCGUCGAGAACUACUCAAUUAAAAAACGAGUCAAGCGUUCCAAGUUGCAAUUAUAUGAUUUAUUUCAAAAACUCUUGUAUUUUCAUUUAACUGAGGUAAAGUUCUGUUGUAUAGUUCUGCAGUUGCUUGUACUUUGCGUCGUUGUUUGUACUUUCGAAUAUUUUUGGCAGACAAAAUCAUAAAAUUGAACAAAGCUGAAAAAACGAAAAAGUCGCAACCCAAAAUCAUGUGGAAACAGAAUAAAUACAAAAUGUGUUUAUUUGUUGUAAAUAAAGUUAUUUAUCUUUUUGCUUCUAGGUAUUGUUUUUUUUUGUUUCUUGUUUCAAAAUUAGUGUACAAAGUAGUUGUGCAAAAAAAAUAGGGAUAAGAUAUAUAGGAAAAUCAAAACUUUAAUUUUAACGAAUACACAAUAUAUAAAUGCUAUACGCCUGCGCUACUGCUACACAAAUUAUACGAACUAUGAAAUAUGAUAUCAUUAUAAAAUCAAUUUAGUACAAUAUCAUAGAUAUAUGUAGGUAAACUUAAGAUCGAGGGUGUAAAGUUUUCGUAUUCUGCGGCUGUUGCUCCUCUCAAUCGUCUAGGCGGCGAUGGCGUUUAACAUUCGUAUCCGACGAAACUCUUUGCGAUGGAAAAAAUUAAACUUUUGCUUUUGCUGGAACAUCAUCUUAUCAUUCAUCUUGCCCAGGACAGGUGUUUGUGUUCUACUACUGUUGUGCUUAUCAUUGUUGCUGUUGUUGUUGUUGCUGCUGCUGUUGUUGUUGUUAUUGCUGUUGCUGCUGUUGAGUUGUGGCUGCUCCAUCUUGUUACUGUUGUUAUUGUAGUUGAUGCUGCUGCUGCUGCUGUUGUUGUUAUCGAUGGAAAGUUGCUACUUCUUGCCCUUGGUGGCCUUCUCGGCGGCCUUGGUGACCUUGCCACCGGAAGCAUCCUUGAAGUUGACAGACUUGAUGACACCGACAGCGACAGUCUGUCUCAUGUCACGCACAGCGAAACGACCCAGAGGAGGGAACUCCUGGAAGGACUCAACGCACAGAGGCUUGGAGGGCACCAAGUUGACGAUGGCGGCAUCACCAGACUUGAUGAACUUGGGGUUCUCCUCGGUGGUCUUGCCGGAACGACGGUCGACCUUCUCCUUGAUCUCAGCGAACUUGCAAGCAAUGUGAGCGGUGUGGCAAUCCAACACUGGAGUGUAGCCGUUGGCAAUCUGGCCAGGGUGGUUCAGCACGAUGACCUGAGCGGUGAAAUCGGCAGCACCCCUGGGGGGGCUGGCCUUUGAGUCACCGGCAACGUAGCCACGACGCAGCUCCUUGACGGAGACGUUCUUAACGUUGAAACCAACAUUGUCACCGGGAACGGCCUCGGUGAGGGCUUCGUGGUGCAUCUCCACGGACUUGACCUCAGUGGUGAUGUUAGCUGGGGCAAAGACAACAACGCAUCCUGGCUUCAGGAUACCAGUCUCAACACGACCGACGGGUACUGUUCCAAUACCGCCAAUUUUGUAGACAUCCUGCAGGGGCAGACGCAGGGCCUUCUCAGUUGGGCGGGAGGGUGGCAGGAUAGCGUCGAGAGCUUCGAUGAGGGUCUUGCCAUCGGCGUUACCGUCCUUGCGCUCCACCUUCCAUCCCUUGAACCAGGGCAUGUUGCUCGAUGGUUCCAACAUGUUGUCGCCGUGCCAUCCGGAGAUGGGCACGAAGGCAACGGCCGCCGGGUUGUAGCCGAUCUUCUUGAUGUAUGAAGACACCUCCUUCUUGAUUUCCUCAUAACGGGACUCGCUGUAUGGUGGCU